AUGGCUGAGUAUGAAGCUUCCAUCCUCGAUCUGAAGAUGGUUCAAGGGGAAUGGGCCGUGAAAAACCCAAAGAUCACACCAUAUGUGCGGUAUAUACAGAAGUUGUGCAAGAGAUUUCGCAAGAUUGAGUUUAGACACACUCCCAGGACACAUAAUGAGUUGGUCGAUGCUCUUCCCACCAUCGCGUCAAUGAUUAAGCAUCCGGAUACAAGUUAUAUUCAUCCAGUGGAUAUAGAGGUAAAAGAACAGCCUGUUCAUUGUUCACACGUCGAAGCAGAACCAGAUGGUUUGCCGUGGUACUUUGACAUCAAGAAGAGGACUCUGAAUUUAGGUCUUCUCAGAUGCGUUGAUGCUAAUGAAGCUGCAAAGCUUCUGGACCAGAUACAUGCCGGAGUUUGUGGUACCCACAUGAGUGGGCUCACUUUGGCGAGGAAGAUCCUUCACACCGGUUUGGAGUGCCAGAAUCCAUCAUCAUCGAUAAUGGAGCGAACCUCAAUACUCACUUGA